AUGGGACUAAUCAAAAAAUUUUAUAACCCUUAUGUUAAAAAAAAGAAGUUUUUGCCAAAAUUCGGAAUUCUAGAUAAAUAUAAAGCUGAAAAGAGUCAAAAAAAUUGCAGAAAAAUUUUAUAUAUAUCCUUCAUAUGCCCAUAG